AUGAAGACAAUCGGCAUAUUCCCCGCAGCAGGGGGCCUUGGCGGCAGCACGUACAACCAUCUUCUCCAGCAUCCGGAGGUGCAGCCCAACAAGGUCACCCUGAUCAGUCGAAACCCUGACAAGAUCCCAGCUUCAUACAGUGCUAGGGGUGUUCGGCUGCUUCAGGCGUCUUACGAGUCGACGCCAGCCGAGCUGAAGGCUGCUUUCGCCGGCAUCCAAGUCCUCUUCCUCAUCUCCUAUCCCAGCCACGUACGCGACUACCGUGUCAAGGUACAGCUCCCAGCCAUUGACGCGGCACAUAAAGCAGGCGUCAAGCAUAUUUUCUACUCCUCACUAGGUUUCGCCUUACCUGAGGAGACAGAAUCCUUGGCUGAGGUCAUGCAGGCGCAUCUAGUCUCCGAAGAACACCUGCAGAAGCUUGCCAACAAAGAUCCCACGUUCUCUUGGACAAGCAUCCGUGAAGGGUUGUACCAUGAAUCCUUUCCAAUUUACACCUCAUUUUGGACCCUACAGAACCCAGUGGACAAGAUAUUGAUUCCUCAUGAUGGGACUGGACCUGGGGUAAGCUGGGUCAAGCGUGAUGAGCUGGGGGAAGCAAGCGCCUCUCUGAUCGCGCAAUAUGCAACCAGCUCUGACCCUUCUUCAUACCCAUGGAAUAAACGCCGCGUUGUUCUCACAGGCCCCAAGGAGUGGACGCUCGCCGACACAGUGAAGGUGCUAGGCAAUGCCGUAGGGCGUGAAGUGCGAAUCAAGCAGAUUAGUAUUGACGAAUGGGUCAAGCUACCGCAGAUUACCGGUUACUUUGGUGAGGAGGCAAAGGCUAGGACCUGGGCAACAGCUUGGGAUGCCAUUCGGGCUGGUGAAACCAAGUUCGUGAGCCCCACGCUGGGAGAGAUCCUUGGAAGAGAGCCUGAGGCGUUCGAGGUGACGAUUGGGCAGUUGGCCAAGGAUGCGCGCGGUGCCUAG